AUGACCCCCGAUUUUUCCAUCUACUCCACCCUUAUUUCUAUAAAAGGACCCCAGCCGUUCGUAUUACGGCAUUUAUCAACCAUUGAACACAUAACUGUGAUGUAUCGGCAAAGUUUUGUCUUGUUUUUUUGCCUCCUUGGAUUAGCUGCAGCUAUUCCAGUCGAUAACGGCGUUGAAGGUGAACCUGAAAUUGAAUGUGGUCCAACUUCAAUAACAAUUAAUUUUAAUACUCGUAAUCCCUUCCAAGGUCAUGUUUACGUGAAAGGCUUAUUUGAUCAAGAUGGGUGUAGAUCUGAUGAGGGCGGUCGUCAAGUUGCUGGUAUUGAAUUACCAUUUGAUUCUUGUAAUGUUGCUCGUACUCGUUCUUUAAAUCCACGAGGUAUUUUUGUGACCACCACUGUUGUUAUUUCUUUCCAUCCACUGUUCGUUACCAAAGUUGAUCGUGCCUAUCGCGUACAAUGCUUCUACAUGGAAGCUGAUAAGACCGUUAGCACCCAGAUUGAUGUUUCCGACAUCACAACUGCAUUUGCUACCCAAGUUAUUCCAAUGCCUGUUUGCAGAUACGAGGUUAAAAGUAAGAAUGAUAACAUUCUUGAAGGAGGACCAUCUGGACAACCAGUGCAGUUUGCUGAUAUCGGUGAGCAGGUAUACCACAAAUGGACAUGUGAUUCCGAAACUGUUGACACAUUUUGUAUGAUUGUACAUUCUUGCUUUGUUGACGAUGGCAACGGAGACCGUAUCGAUAUCCUCAACAGCGACGGUUGCGCUCUCGACAAAUACCUAUUGAACAAUCUAGAGUAUCCAACAGAUUUGAUGGCAGGCCAGGAAGCUCACGUCUACAAAUACGCUGAUAGGUCACAGUUGUUCUAUCAAUGCCAAAUUACGAUUACUAUCAAAGAGCCGAAUAGCGAAUGCCCCAGACCUCAGUGUAUCGAACCACAAGGUUUUGGUGCCACACGAUCGGCUGCUGCAGCUCCAGCUGCCAAUUCAGCACAGCUUCGUCUUCUCAAAAAGCGUCAGGCUGACUACGAUAACACAUUAGACGUUAGAACUGGAUUCAGCGCUUUGGAUAUCAGCGACCAGAGUCGCAGCAUUCCAUCAGCACUUCGUCAUAAAUCAUAUCCAGGACAGUACGGAAGUCCUGUAGUUCUUUCGCAAACUCAGGGUGUUUGCUUUUCAGCUACAGGUUUUACGAUCGUGUUUGCGCUAUCAGUGACAUUCUUAGUAGCUAUAGUUAUUGUAACAGUUUACUUACUGCGCCCACAAACUAAGGCAUAA